ACCUCUUCCUUUCUCCGUUGUCUCUGUGGACAGCACAAACACAAUUUUCGAAAUUUCAAAAUCCUAAACGUUCAUUUUUAUCCUUUUUUAUUUUUUGUUUGGUUUCCGUUUCAUGCAAACAUGCUUGAUCUAGAUUGGAAAGCUAAGAUGGUCUCUUCUGAUCUCCCAAACAAGUCCCCUAAACUCUCUAACAAGCUUAAUGUUAUGAUCCCUUCAACGACGCCGUUUCGUGGGGUUACCAAUAUCUCGCCGGUUUCUGCUUCCGACUCUUCUUGUACGGCUUACGAGCACUACCUUCGGUUACCUGAGUUGAGGAAAUUGUGGACUUGUAAGGAGUUUCCCGAUUGGAAAAACGAGUCCAUUUUUAAACCGGCUUUACAGGCUAUAGAGAUCACGUUUCGGCUCAUUUCUACGGUUUUAUUGGACCCGAGACCGUACGCGAACCGUAGAGAAUGGAAACGGAGGAUCGAGUCGCUUGCUACUGCGCAGAUCGAGCUUAUUGCUAUUCUGUGUGAAGACGACGAAGAUGGAGACACACGUGGCAAAGCGCCGGUUGUUGAUAUGUGCUCAUCUAAAGGCAUUUUGGGUCGGGAUGGGAGCUGCACUGAGGUAUGGAAGGUGUCACCUGAAACCACUGUGGUCAACAAGACCAGCGAGGCCAGCCUCCUCCCUCUCCUCUCCACGUGGCAGAAAUCUGAGGACAUGGCGCAGAAAAUCUUCUAUUCCAUCGAAUGCGAGAUGAGGCGGUGUCCGUACACUCUAGGUAUCGGAGAGCCGAACCUCGCCGGCAAACCUAACCUCGACUACGACGCCGUUUGCAAGCCAAGCGACGUUCACAGUCUGAAGAAGAAUCCGUACGAUCACAUAGAGAACCACGAGAACCAAACGCUGUACACCACAAACCAGAUUCUGGAGUCAUGGAUCCAAGUAGCUAAACAGCUUGUUAGACGCGUAAUUGAAAGAAUUGAAAGCAAGAAAUUCGAUAAGGCGUCAGGCGAUUGCUAUUUGCUCGAGAGAAUUUGGAAGCUUCUAUCCGAAAUAGAAGAUUUGCAUCUGUUAAUGGAUCCAGACGAUUUCUUGAAGCUCAAAAACCAGUUGCUCAUGCGAUCGCUGGACGAAUCGGAGGCGUUCUGUUUCCGAUCGAGAGCGCUGGUGGAGAUAACGAAAUCGUGUAAGGAAUUGAAGCACAAGGUUCCGGAGAUUCUAGGCGUGGAGGUGGACCCCAAGGGUGGGCCGAGAAUCCAGGAGGCGGCGAUGAGACUGUACAAAGAGAAGAGGGAUUUCGAGAAGAUUAGUUUACUUCAAGGGUUGCAGGCGACAGAGGCAGCGUUGAAGAGGUUUUUCUAUGGGUAUAAGCAGUUGCUGGCUGUGGUUAUGGGGAGCUUGGAAGCUAAAGGGAAUCGGGUCUUGGUGAGUCCAGACACUUGCGACUCGCUGACUCAGCUGUUCCUGGAACCGACUUAUUUCCCGAGUUUGGAUGCGGCCAAGACGUUUCUGGGCGAGUUUUGGAGUCAUGAACACAGUGCGUUGGAGAAACGGAAUCGAAGAAAGUACUCAAAGAAGUAGUGCUUAUUUGUAAGACUCGGUUUUGACGGACUCAGUCGCUGCUGUAGAAAUAGACAAAAUUUCUUUUUAUUAUUUGUACGAACAAUAUUGGAUAUUGUAAAAUUUUUUCUAUCUAUUUAUUUAUUGUAACAUUUUAAUGCAUACAAAGCAAUUUCCUCGA